AUGUCAGAUUAUUUUCUUUCCCACGAAGAAGAAGUGCUAGAAACUGACCAAGGAUAUAUCAUUAAGCUUCGUUUGUUAAGUAAAAGAUUUUUCACUAAGCAAUCAGCGGAAUUUCCUGAAAAUUAUAAAUUUACGUUUACUUUGAAUGAGUUUCCUUGGCAGCCAGUAGAAAGUUAUUCUUCCAAAAGGUUUAUGAAAGAUUUGGCUAUUUUGAUUAUGAGUAACAAUAUGAAAGACAAAAAAAAAGAAUUUAUUUUCCAAUAUGACCCACUGGCUUCGCCUAAAAGGAUGUUUGACCGCUUUGAAGAGGCUAUUAAAACUGGUAAAAAACAUAUCCAGCCCAAAAAUGUCAUGAUUGCUAACCGUCUCGAAACUAUUUAUCGAGUAGCCAGCCAAGUUAGAAUGGAUUUGGUAGACAAGCAGCCGGCUAACAUUCAAGAAUUAGCCCAAUUACUUAAUCGUGAUUAUGCUAAUGUUUGGCGAGACUGCCAAGCCCUAAAUAGUUUAGGAAUUAUUAAGUUAAAAAAGGUCAGUUUAGAUGCCAAAAAAGCCCAAAUUCAGCCAAUUGCUUUAUAUGAAAAAAUUAUCAUUGAAUUUCCAAUUAAGCCAGUGAGAGAAAAUGUUGCUGCUGUGCCUUUGGGAGUAUAG